CUCUCCUCCCCCCACCACUGCUCGGCUCUUCCCCAUAAAACCGCCCCGCCCUCCGCGCUGCCGCGAUUCACCAGCAUCCUGCAGACAUGGAGGUGAUCAACCAGAUGGUGGCAGGGGGGCAAUUCCGUAUAGUGAAGGAACCUCUGGGCUUCAUGAAAGUUCUGCAAUGGCUCUUCUCUAUCUUUGCCUUUGCGACAUGUGGAAGUUACUCCGGACAAUUCAUGCUCAGCGUCGACUGUAGCAACAAAACCGAGAGCAAGCUGAAUAUAAAAGUGGACUUUGAAUAUCCAUUUAAGCUGCAUCAGGAAUAUUUCGAUGCUCCAACAUGCCGGGGAGGUGCAACAAACAAGAUUUUCUUAAUCGGGGAUUACUCGUCUUCAGCUGAGUUUUUCGUCACAAUCGCGGUGUUCGCUUUCCUCUACUCGCUGGGGGCGCUCCUCACCUACAUAUUCCUACAGACCAAGUACCGCGAGAACAACAAAGGGCCAAUGAUUGACUGCAUUGUGACGGCCGUCUUUACCUUCAUGUGGCUGGUCUGCUCCAGCGCAUGGGCCAAGGGUUUGUCCGACAUUAAGAUGGCCACAGAUCCCGAGCUGAUCAUCGAGCAGAUCCCGGCCUGCGAGAACCCGGAGAACAAGUGCCAGGAAGAGCGGGAUCCUGUCAUGUCCGGGCUGAACACCUCCGUGGCCUUCGGCUUCCUGAACUGCAUAAUCUGGCUGGGAAACAUCUGGUUCGUGUUUAAAGAGACGGGAUGGACGGCUCCAUUCAUGAAGUACCCACCACCAGCCCAGGAGAAGCAUCCAGCUCCUGAUUCCUACGGGCAGGGCCAGGUCCAGGGCCAGGGCCAGGUCCAGGGCCAGGGUUAUGUUCAGCAGGACUCAUACGCACAACAACCAGGAGGUUACCAGCCUGACUACUAUGGGCAGCAGCCUGAAUACAACCAACAGGGGUACAGCCAAGGCGGGUAUACCCAGCAAGGUGUCCCAACCUCGUUCUCCAACCAGAUGUGAGCUGGCCCCCCUCUCUUGCUUGCAGGCUUCUCCACGAAUGAUCAUUGAGGUCAAGCUUCAGGUUGUGAUGUUCCGAUGUGCAGUGCUGCAGCCCGGCUGCCAGAGUGAAUAUAAAUGGGAGAAUGUUGUGUCUGUGAUGUUUAUAUAAUAUAUAAUAUAAUAUAUAUAUAAAUAUAUUUAAUGAUAUCUAUCUGUACCAAAACACAGGAAAAUUUCCAUCUCAUUCUACCAGAGACUGUCUUCCUGCAGAGCAUCGCUGUGUAACCCCUUUCCUUCUCUUUUCCGGAGCCCUGCAGAGCAUCGCUGUUUACCCCCUCUCCCCGUCCAGAGCUCGCAGAGCAUUGCCGUGCACCCCCUCCCUUCCCCCCACCAUCCAGAGCCUCCGCAGAGCAUUGCCGUGUGAGCCGUUUUCCGCCAGUUCCGUAGAUCGCUGCCGUCUAUCUCUUUCCCUGGCAGAUGCGUCAGGGCUGCAGUGCUUCACAAUGUCACCCCCCCCCCCCCCCCUGCCAGCACAACUCAGUAUUGGGCUAUUACCGAACGUAACGUCGAAUCCUCGGACUCUUCUGGCAGGGAAAUUGAUUUUGGCAGCGCAUUUAAUACAAGGCACAGUUUUUAAGCUUCUGGUUAGUUUUAGAUUUCCUUUAGCAAUCUGUGACGUUUGCACAUUGCAAUCAAUGCAUUUGUAACCCCCCACCCCUCCGUCCUCUGCACAAUAAAAGGGAUUGAUGAUGCUGAAUGUAAUUAUUAGAAGGAUGCCGAACUGCCCUGUGCUGUAUGGGUAAGAUUGGAUGGGGCGGUAACGCAGCCGACGUUAAAGAGUUAGGCCAUCUCUGGUGACGAUUGGACGAGGGACCGGAUUUUACGAUAAAUAUUGCUAAGACGAGGGUAAUCCCUUCCCUGUGCACUUUGGGUACUAAAGACCCCCCCUCUUUGCCCACAGCCGACGUCAUUACUGCCCGCUUCUGAUGUACACCCCCCUCCGAGUUACCCAUGCCUGGUACCCCCCCUUUUGUGCUGUAUAUUGUAUUUGUGACACUGAAGUUGCGUGUUGUAAUCCUGAAUGGAAAUAAAGACAGACUGGAACCAA